AGUUUCGUUUGGAUUUAAAACUUUGAGGUGGUCAACAAAAAAAGAACUGCAGUCUGUAAAACAUGCGGUACGAAGAUAACAGACGGAGACGCGACAACUUCCAACUUCGUUCGACAUUUGAAGUUGCACAAAGAACUAUUUGAAGAAUACCAGAUGAGUAGAAGCAUCAUAGAUGAACCACAACAGCCUUCAAUCUAGUGCUGGGCGGUAUGGCCAAAAAUGUUUGAGUCUGGGCUGGACUACAAAAAAGUGAGAUAGUUUGACAAAAGGGAGAGGACAUCGGGACGCUCGGGUGCAGCAGGAAGAAUCCUACCAUCAACGAUCCCAUAUUUCUAGCUGGAGAGAGGAUCUUCUGUCCAGAUGAGAGAGUGGACUGAGUUGGACAUGAGUUUUUCGGCAGGGGGCUUUCUCUCCGCCUCGGAUGGUUACUGCUCCACAGAGCCGCUCCAGUAUUAUGACAUGCUGUCGGACCCUCUGGGCUACCCCCUGCAGGACCCUGACCUCCAGCUGCUCCCUUACAGCCAACAACAGUACAGCCCGGCCAACUUGCCCUUCUCCCUCUAUGGCUCUCCGCCUUCCUCCACCUCCUCUCCCUCCUCGUCCUCUUCCUCCUCACAGGCCUGCCAUCUCCCCUACCACUACAGUCCACAUUGUCUGGAGGCCCCAUGUGAUCCCAGCCCGGAGCCCCACUGCAGGGGCCUCGCUCAGGGACUGGGAGCAGUAGGACUGCCCCUGGGGCGGAGGACACGGGUGGGGUGCGGAGGGAAGGGCAGAGGCCAGGAAGAGCUGUGUGUGGUGUGUGGAGAUAAAGCGUCAGGGUACCACUACAACGCUCUCACCUGCGAGGGUUGUAAAGGUUUCUUUAGGCGUAGUGUAACCAAAAAGGCUGUGUAUCACUGCAAGAGUGGCGGUGGCUGUGAGAUGGACAUGUACAUGAGGAGGAAGUGCCAAGACUGUCGGCUCAGGAAGUGCCGUGCUGUGGGAAUGCUGGCUGAGUGCCUUCUGACAGAGGUGCAGUGCCAGUCCAAGCGGCUGAGGAAAGGAGGAAAAGGCAGAGGACAGGAGGAGGAGGAGAGCCCAGAUAGCAGGAGGGUCAGCUCUACCAGCAGGUUACCUGGACAGGCUUUGUCUGUCAGUUUAACCCGGGAACAGAAGAACAUUGUGGACAGGUUGGCGGAGGCCCAUCGGCUGUACAGAGCUCAGGACACCAGCGACUGCAGGUUGUUCGAAUGGCCAUGUACAGAAGAAAUGGAGGGCUUUUCUGAUGUCGUAUCGCCCCACCUGCAUAGACUGCUUCAGUUUGCCAGAACAGUGCCAGGUUUUGAUCUCCUGGAUUUUUCAGACCAGAGAUCUUUGUUGUCUAUCUCUUCAUUGGAGGUCAUGUUCCUGCUCUCCGCUCAGCAGUUCUCCCACAACCCAGCAGGCCCCAGUCCAGCUCUGCAGAUUUUUGGUAUGUCAACACACAACUGGCUGAGAAAUGUAGAGUCAAAGGAAAACUUCCACAGUAGGAUGCUACCAGUCAACUCAGAAUGCAGCGAGGAUCUCCUCGGGCCCGUACUCAACUUCUUCCACAGCAUGGCAGCGUUGCGGGUGACGGAGGCUGAAUACUCCCUGCUCACUGCUACAACUCUGCUCUGCUCAGACCGUGCAUCCCUGCAGGCUGCCAGCUGUGUUGAGAAAAUGCAGGAAAUGAUCCUGGACCUGCUGACCAGAGUGUGUGGGGCCCAGGCUGGAGCUGCGCGAGGAGGACCACAGCGGUUUGGCCGCCUGCUGAGCAGACUGACGGAGCUACGGACACUCCGUCACAACUACCUCCUCCUGACAAGACCGCAGCCAAGACAAUGACUGAGAGGACAUAGUGGAAAUACUAAAACACCACUAUCAUCUCUGGGGAGUUUCAUUUUGGAAUUGAAGGACUAAAUGGUGCCGUAAGAGCUGGGCAAUUUUACAAAACCAUUUAGGUUAUUCCAAGGUUUUAUUUACUCAGUCGACAAAAGUCCAGCUUUCAUUGAAUUGUUGAAAGCUUAAGAUGGGACCGAGAUGUUUGUGGACAGCUAAUUUGUUGGGACAAAAUAUAUUUUAUAGGUCUUUUUAUAACUGGUGUAUUCAGCUUACAUGUAAUUGUUAUUCGCUAUGCUGUUGUUCAAAUAAAAUUCAAAUGUUCGGAGUAAAA